AUGGAAAACAUAGACAAUUUAAAACUAUAUAUAAACUCAUUAUCACAAUCAAUAUCAAAUUAUGAACAAUCAUUAACCCCUUUACAAAACAAACAAUUAUCCGAUAUGAUUGUAAAUAUCAAUACUACAUCUGAAGAACAACAAAUUCAAAUAUUAAAUAAUUUUGCUUAUAUUUUAAUAUCAACAUUAUUUAGUUAUUUAAAAUCACUUGGUAUUGAUACUGAUUCUCAUCCUAUAAAAAUGGAAUUAACAAGAAUUAAAUCAUCAAUGAAUCGAUUGAAAAAUAUUAAGAAUGAAAUAAAUGGUGAUACCAAUAAACAACAAAAUGAAGAGGAAAAGAAAAAAUUGUUGAAACUGAAAGAAUAUUUAUCAAGAACUUUAGGUAUAAGAGAUGUUGGACUGAGUAUUGAUGUUAAAUCAAAAGGUACUUCUGCUAUAAGUAAUCAAAAUUUCCAAGGGAAACAUACAAAAUUUAAUGAUGAUGAUGAAGAAGAAGAGGAAGAUAAGAAACAAUUAGAAUCUAAACAAGAUGAUUUGAAAAAUAAUAACAAUAAUAAGGUACUGAAAAAAUCCAAAAAUAAAAAAUCAACCAAUACCAGUAAAAUAACUAAACCAAAAUCAAAUAAAAAAUCAAUGACAAAGAAUAGUAGUAAAAAGGAUAAGAAUAAAUAG